CGAGAGCCGGAGCCAGUGGAGCAGCUCGCCGCCGUUUCCCGCAGUCUCCUGCCCGCGCCGACAUGCGUCUCCCCCCGCGGACAUGUCCUCCGUCUGCCGCGAGCGGGAACUGACCGCCGGCCCGGCCGCUGCUCGUGUCCGCGUCCUGGUGCCCCGCAGCCGGGGGAACCCUGCAGCGCGACUGUGAGCCCGUCCCACAGACCCCCACCUCCCCCACCCACCCACCACCUCCACCCCCCCCGCCGCGCCUUUCUUUGAUUGCCUCGUUUACGGAGCGCAGGAGCGCCCGGUGAGACGGUGCUGAGGGGGCAGGUCGCGCGGACGCAGCUGAAGAUGGAGACGGCGAUGGAGAGGGAGUGCAGCGCGCUGGGGGGGCUUUUCCAGACCGUCAUAGGAGACAUGAAGGGCAGUUAUCCUGUGUGGGACGACUUCAUCAGCAAAGCCAGCAAGCUGCAGGCGCAGCUCAGGACGACGGUCGUCGCGGUAGCAGCCUUCCUGGACGCCUUCCAGAAGGUCGCCGACGUGGCGACCAGCAGUCGAGGAGGAACCAGAGACAUCGGCUCGGCCCUCACCAGGAUGUGCAUGAGGCACCGCGGCAUCGAGGCCAAGCUGCGCCAGUUCUCCAUGGUGUUCCUGGACUGUCUGAUCAACCCUCUGCAGGAGCAGACGGAGGAGUGGAAGAGAGUCGCCAACACUCUGGACAAAGACCACGCCAAAGAGUACAAGAAGGCGCGUCAGGAGAUCAAGAAGAGAUCUUCAGACACUCUGAAGCUGCAGAAGAAAGCAAAGAAAGCUGACGUUUUUGGCCGCGGGGACCUCCAGCCUCAGCUGGACAGCGCCAUGCAGGAGGUCAGCGAUAAGUUCCUCCUGCUGGAGGAGACGGAGAAGCAGGCGGUGCGGAAGGCCCUGGUGGAGGAGAGGAGCCGCUUCUGCUGCUUCGCCUCCAUGCUGAAGCCCGUCGUGGAGGAGGAGAUGUCCAUGCUGGGGGAGAUCACUCACCUCCGGACCCUCACCGACGACCUGAAGACCCUGACCAUGGACCCUCACAAGCUGCCGGCCUCCAGCGAGCAGGUGAUCGUGGACCUGAAGGCCUCCGAGUGCACCUGGUCCUAUCAGACUCCGCCCUCGUCACCGAGCACCACCGUAUCCAGGAAGUCCAGCAUGUGCAGCAGCCUGAACAGCGUGAACAGCAGCGACUCUCGCUCCAGCGGCUCUCACUGCCACUCCCCCACCUCCCACUUCCGUUACCGGGCCUCUUCCUCCUCCUCCUCCUCGGUCCUCCCCCAGCAGGCGCCGGCCCGCCUCUCCUCCAUCUCCUCCCACGACUCGGGCUUCAUCUCCCAGGACGCCUUCCAGUCCAAAUCCCCCUCACCAAUGCCCCCGGAGAGCUCACAGUCGCCUCGCGGUUUUGACCAUCACUCCGUCGGGGGGGCGCUGAAGGCCCUGGACACGCACCUCCACCCUCCAUACUUCACCUACUCCUCCUCAGCCACCUCCACCUCACCCAUCUCCUCGCCCUCCUUUUCGUCCGUUUCCCCCACGUGGCCGUGGUCCCGCUCCGGCCAAUCAGAAGAGCUCCUGCCUCUCAGCCCCCCCGGGCUGGGGGCGGUGCCGUCAUCCCGAGUUCCAUCCUGGAAGGACUGGGCCAAACCAGGACCGUACGACCAGUCCAUGGCCCACACCCUGAAGAGGAGCAGGGACCGCAGGGAGGCUGCAGAUCUGAUGGGGGAGGAGCCUCAAGGGGUCAGAGGUCACCACUCUGUGAUGUCACCAAAGGAGGACAGGGACACCCACGAGGAGUUGGCCCGGGCGCUGGCCCGAGGCCUCCGCCUGGACAUCCACGACUCCAGCAGAGACUCUCUGCAGGGCUCCAGUGGCUACAGCAGCCAGACCAACACCCCCUGCUGCUCCGAGGACACGCUGCCCUCACAGGGGUCUGACUGUGACUACUACUCGGUGGGCGCCGACCACGAAGGAGACCAGCACGCCUCCGACUUCGACAAGUCCUCCACCAUCCCGAGGAACAGCGACAUCAGCCAGUCGUACCGCCGCAUGUUCCAGUCCAAGCGCCCAGCCUCCACCGCCGGGCUGCCCUCCACGCCCCCCGCCGCCACCCCGGGAGUUGCCACCAUCCGACGGACGCCGUCCUCCAAGCCCAACCUGCGACGGCCCCCCGGGGUCCUGGGUCCCAUACCGAUCAAGCCCCCCAUGAUUCCGGUCAAGACCCCCACUGUGCCAGAGCACCCGGGUUUCCCCGCCAGCGACCCCCGCACCCCGCCGGGCCCCGCCGCCCCUCUGUCGCCAAGAUCAGGCCCGUGGGCUCGGGGCCCAAGCGAGGGGUCUGAGCCGCCCACCCCCCCGCCCCCGCAGCCCGGCGGUCGGGCGUCAGAGUGGGAGCGCCGGCCCCUCCCGGAGCUCCUGGAGGAAGCGGAAUAUGGCGAGGUGGAGGACUUCCUGGUGGCCAUCCGACGCGGCGUCCGGCUGAAGAAGGUGUCGACCAAUGACCGGUCAGCGCCAUGGAUCCACUGAGACGGGGGCGGGGAGGCCGAGCUGGGUCGAGGGAGGCGUGGCAUCGGGGGGGGCGGAGCAUCGCAUCCUGAUCCAGGAUCAGUUCAGCAUUUAUUUGAGAGACGUUUGAAGGGACGUCUGGAAGAAGUUCUGCUGAAAGAGGAACCGGGACAUUGAACUUUUAGUUUGAAAAUCUCUUUUCUGAACAGAAACGAAAAAGGUUUUUCUAGAUUUAGAAGUGAUCCAACAACCCGUCAGGUUCUCAUGGCUUCUUCUGAUCCCCGAUCAAUCGGCUGAGAAGACUUUGUUCAUUCAAUGGACGGAUCGAUGGAGUAUUUUCAGAUGAUCAAAUCAUUAUCAAUAUCUACAUAUUUAUAUUUUGAUGUGUGUGAACAUUUUGUUUGUCUCAUGCGCCCCCCCCCCCCCCUAACACACAUUUCCACUAAUGGUGCCAAAAGCCUGAAUUUAAUAUAAAUAUUCUCUAUUAAGGUGGAUCUAUAUUUUUUUCCGUACAUCAGACCGUCUUUUGGAUAGAGAAUGAAGACAGAUUGGAACCUGAGAGCGUAUUUGUAAUGUCAGCAGAUUGGAGAGUGGUUCUAGUUACUGGCACCACGUACAGUAGAGGAACCUGCAUGUUCUUUUUGCCGCGGCACAAGCACACGUCUGGGCUUUUAAGAUCAGACUUAACAAGCGUCCGAAGGGUUGGAACCAGCGAGGGAUCUCUGACUUCCUGCGGACGCGGCGCCGGCCUCCUGCUCACUGAGCAGCCGGCCGCGCGUUAGAGGCCUUAGUGAGGUGGAUCAGUGUCCGUGGUAGAGCAGCCAGUGUGUCAGUCGAUUUAACUAGACGUAAUCAUGAGUAAAUGAAACUGGUUUAAAGUCUAUAACGCUCAUAAUACAGGCUGCCAGGGGUGGACGGCGGCCUAUGAACUGGUCUGGGAUCUGGCCUUCAGCAUCUGAGCUAAGAAGCCAUCCAACACACGUCCAGAACACGGAGAGACUCUUCAGGUGGUUUUAAGGCUCUGGCGGCCAUGUUGGAGGUCAGCUGACUACAGCUGGUCACAUUCCUGAAGCUGCUAUUUGGAUGUUUCAGUUGCAUUUCAUUCAGAAGGUAUCAAAAUAUAUAUAUAUAUAAUGUAUAGUUGAUACACAGCCCCAGAGCGCAUAAUUCCUCCCAUAUGAAUGAUACAAAAAGUAGCCGUAUCACAGGACGUCACUGAUAUCGUACACGUGUAUUGUUACACCGAUGUUCUCCAUGGUGGCGCCAGGUUUUAUUGCGUGUAACUGUCUGAACGGCCUCCGAGCAGGAGACCACACGUGAAACGUCAAAUGGCCUCAAAGCUGUUCAACAAUCACUGUUAAUCACCAGAAAGCCUCAUGUUUUAUCCACUUCGGCGCUCUGCUCUUUUGUUUGUUUCUUUCCACCUUCCUGAACUGUCCCGUGGAGCAUUUACAACCUAUGAACACACAUAUUUAACAUGCACGUCGUCUUCUUUUCAGUUUUUCUUUCCUCGGCUGGUCGGUUUCUGCUUUUAACUCACGUCUUUUCUCUCGUUUCGUAUUUCGUGUGGCAGCAGUUUGACGCCUUUUCUUUUUCCACUUGGAGGUUCCCGAACACGAAGGUGCAGCUGAUGCCGUAACGAGCACAUGAAGCUGAAUGUGGGAGGCUGUAAGUGUGUGUGUGUGUGUGUGUUUGUGACAUUUUAACACUCAGCCGGUACUUUUAUCACCUGAGGUCAUUUCAUGAAUGUUGACGGUUUGGGAGAAUAAAGAAAGCUGUUGUUUACAGAGGGAGAGCGUUUAGCUUUGGACCCGCUGGGGUUUAAAGCCGAUGAUGGAGGAGGAGGUCGUAGGUCAGAGGUCAGAUUAACAUUUUCAUUCACUAGAUUUCAUCAGCUGUUUUUCCCACUUUAGAAUCAAAUGGGAUCUAACUUGUUGUAGUUGGCAGAGAGGAUUGUGGGUAAACAUGAGUAAAAAGUAUUAAUGUUCUCAGCUUAAACGUGUGCAUGUGAUGCUCUUCAGUGUUAACAGAUGGAAAAAGGACAUUUAACCAAAGUGCCAAAAAGCUUUGAACAUUCACCUACAGGAAAUAAUCAGCUUCCUUUAUUGCUGCUUAAAACAGUGAAAUAUAAUGAAUUAUUUAUAAAUCCUUUUAAUUAGAGGACGAUUACUGGUGUUAAUCAUGUGGCAUUUGGAAACAUAAUUUUGUAAUAAAAGCUGAACUUCGUUAAUAAUAAACACGUUUCACUUGA